AUGUAUCAUUAUACGGUACUGUACCUGAUUAUAUACAAAUGUGUGCAUGGUGUGAGCCUGAAAACAGGGUUUGUGUGUCCAAGAGUUAUACACCCGAGAAACAGUGGAGUAAACCUGGAAAGGGACAGGAUUCUAACUGUAAACCCCAAUGAAAAGGUCUUGAUGUAUACAAAAGAUGGUAUUAACCUGAAGUUGCCAAGGUUCUCAAGGCCAAGGAGGAGAUUCGUGAGGAUUCUAGAAAAAGCGUCCAGAGUGGACUAUCUUCCAGUGGAAUCCCUGCUAGAAAGAGUGAAGGAUAGAACGACUUUUUGCAAUUUCGCAAACAUUGAGGCCACGUUCCUGCAAAUAGCAAAGUGGGUGUUUUUCAGAAGAAAGGAGCUCAUAAACCACGAACUGUUCCCGGAGCUGAGGCUGGAGGCGCUCAGAAAGUCGGCGCUAUUCGGCGCAGUGUACUCGCGAUUCCUGAAGGACGCCCUCAAGGCCUCGAGGCUGUACGGGGGAUACGGAAUCAGGAACAGCCUGAAGUUCUACGUCAAGGUCAGGGACGGGAACUUCCUUGAGGAGCUGAGUCUGCCGAGCAUCAGUGAGUUCGACUUGGCGCUCGGAGAUAUUCCGAACUCCUUCUACUCGAGGCUGCUGAAUCUGUGCAGAAGGAACGAUAGGCUUGAGGCGCUGAACAGUGUCUUCAGGAACCUCAAAGUAAGAACGGGGUCCCUGGUGCAAGAUUUCAUGCUAAGCAAAAGCAAGUUUGUGGAGUCGAAUUGGGGGUACCUGUGCUUCCACGCAGUGAGGCGUGCCCGGAAAUCGGUGCUAAAGGCGAUCAACGAGAUAUGCAGGCCCAAAGAAGCGGGAAGGUUCGACCACCUGAAAACGGGCGAGAGCGACUUGGAGUUCGCAAGCAGGCACUUCGGAACGGUGCUGAACUUGUUUUCCCAGGUGUACAAAAUGUCGACCCUGGUAAGUACGCGGAAAAGAGUCCCAUGCGAACGCCCAAACGACCUCCUCAGUAAGCUGGGCAUAUGUGUGUUGAAAAAGGAGACGAGUGAACGGGAGUUGUACUCAAUUUACUACAAAUCAAAGCUCGAACUGUUGAAACUGAGCAGCCUAGAGGACCACGUGGCCACGUUCAUGGAAAUGGUGGAUUACCUGAACGGGUAUGUGCAGAGCGGGGACUGCGACUACGACUACUUGGACGCGUUCAUUCACUGCGUGUGCAGACCGUACAUGGCUAAGAUAAAGGAUCACUUUGGGCACGUAGACGGCAAGCUCGAGGCGAUAUUCGCUGAGAUGUUUCCAGGGCCAGUGCCUGGGCACAAUUUGACGCUGACGGAGCGCUCGAUUGAGAGUCUCAGGCACUUUGGGCUUGAGCGCUUCGCGAGUCUCUUCCAGAAGGCCCCCGAAGUUCCCAGCGGUGAUAAGCUAUACGGGAUCAUGAGAGACCUUGACUCCAGCUUCCUUUACGACUUCGUCGACUCAAGAAUUCUCACAAGCAGCAACACUGACUCCAUGGACCAGAAGAACUUCAGGGGCAACUGCUUGGACAGCGUCAAGUACUGCCACCUGAUAGUGCACUCGACUUCCGAGGACCUGGACGAGCUGCUGGACAGAAAUUUUACCUUUUUGAGGGAAAAGUAUAAGCAGCUCGACCUCCUCAAAAUCGACCCGCUUGUAACUCUAGACUUGCCUGGCUACGGCAAAGGCGCAAUACGCGAGUUUGACAGGAAAAGACUCCAGCACAGGGCCCUACUUAGGCAUCCAGUGAACUCGCAGCUGUACAUUACUCUAAACGACUGGUCCAAAUGA